GGAAGAGUAAAGCAGCUGUGUCAGUGAGAUUAUUCUCGGGCUUCGUCCGCCUCGCGCACGCCAUUAAUUCUCCUUUUCCUUUCCCCCCUCAGCCCAAAGCGCCAACCCUAACCCUAACCUAAUCCACCCACCUCCCUCAGUCGCUCGUGCGGCCGACAUCUACCCACUUGGAUCCACCGCUGCUCUGCCGAACGCCGUAGGAAACAGCUUCCGACUGGCGAUUCGGUGCUAUGGAAGAAGAAAGGCGCGAGCUUUGAAAGGGAGUUGCCUCGAAGCUGCCAGAUCUCUGCAAUGGCCUCCGCCUUCUUCUUCGUCGCCCACCUCCUCUUUGUUGUGUUCUUGUCGGGACGGAGUUGUCAGGCGCUGGAUAGGGCCACGGAUUUCUGCUUCUCUUUCGACGGGUUUGAGAAAAAUCGGAGCUUCGAGUCGGAGUUCGAGCUGUUCGGCGACGCCGAGGUGAGUGGCUCGUCGGCGGUGAGGAUCACGCGGCCGGCGAACUCGAGCUUGGGGCGGAUCGCGUACCGAAAGUCCAUCAGGUUCUUGGGGACGACGCCUGGGUUCUCCUCCUACUUGUCGUUCUCCAUCCCUCCGGGCGACGGUCAGGUUCUCGCUUUCUUCCUGAUACCGAGCAGCGUUCCUCUGGAGUCGGAUCGGCUUGGGCUCUCGAGGAGUCUCGUGUCAGUGAAGUUUGGGAGGUCAAACCGCGAGAAAUACAGCGAUGGAAGCGGAACCCUUAUCGAAAUCGAUGUCGGUGGCCAAGCUUUGAAGAAAAGCAGCAAUCUUUCUGGCGUGGAAGAUAAGCUGCAGUCAUGGAUCGACUACGAUGGGAAAUCGAAGAGGAUCGAAGUGAGGCUGAGCCACUCGAGGGAUUCAUCGAGGCCGAUGAACUCUUCGAUCUCUUGCUCGGUCGAUCUGUCGAACGCCUUGUGGCGGGAGGCAGUGACGGUGGGCAUGAGUUGUUGGAAUGCAAACUCAACGAAGACCAGCACUCUGUACCGGUGGAAUUUUACAUCGAAGCACGGAUCGCCAUAUCUGAUGCACUCCGAGCCUCUGAAUCCCAAUUCAUUCCUGGUGCGACCCACCGAGAGCCCUCCUCCGCUUCUUCAUCCACGAAGGGCGGCGUACCCUUGGGGAGUCUUCAUGGCGAUGCUGUUUGCUGCUGCUUGUGGCGCGAUGGUAGCGUUCUUCGUGGUGUUCAUGUGGCUUGCGCUGGUCUCUCGGCGCCCGGUGGCGCCCGUGGAAUACCCUGCUGCGCUCCCGGUGGGCGUCGCAUGUGGGAAGACGGUAUCGGCUGGAAGUGAGCGUGUGGGGGACGGUAAGAAGUAGAAGAAGUGUCUUCUUCUGCCUGCAUUGUAUAUUUUGUGUGUUUGUUCCGAUCUGUGUUCUUGUGCUCCUCUUGUACUUGAUGGAAACUGUAGCCUUUGCGGCAAACCUCCCCGGAUGCUAUGAUUUCCAUCGAGAAAUGGAACUGUUGCAUUUGCUCUC